UAAAGUCAAUACAUAAGAAACUUCCUUCAAGUUGCAUAGGAAAAGAUCAAUAAGCAGCGAUGAAAUGCAUAUGUAGGGUUUCAUAAAGAAGCCCGUGGCGUUCUCAGAACUCUUAUCACAAUUAAGUUUCUAUGGCUCCUUCAUCUUCAUCUUGUUCCCGUAAUUGGGUCUAUGAUGUCUUCCCCAGUUUCAGCGGAAAAGACGUUCGUGUAGCUUUCCUCAGUCACUUUCUCAAGGAGCUGGAUCGGAAACUGAUUACUGUUUUCAAAGACAACGAGAUCGAGAGAAGCCAAUCCCUGGAUCCCGAGCUUGUACAGGCUAUUAGGGAUUCGAAGAUCGCAGUGGUUGUACUCUCGAAGAACUAUGCCUCCUCGAGCUGGUGCCUAAACGAGUUGCUGGAAAUCUUGAGAUGCAAGAAAAAGUUGGGCCAACUUGUGAUUCCCAUUUUCUAUGGUUUGGAUCCAUCUCACGUGCGGAAACAAACAGGAGGCUUUGGCAAGAUCUUCGAAAGGACUUGCAAGAACAGAGCACGGGAGCAAAUAAAAAAAUGGCGAAAAGCGUUGACCGGUGUAGCGAAUACCCUGGGAUAUCAUUCUAAAAACUGGGAUAAUGAAGCAAAAAUGAUCGAAGAUAUCACCAAUGAUAUUUCGUGUAAACUGAAGUUAACCCCACCAAAGGAUUUUGAUGACUUUGUUGGAAUGGAAGAUCAUAUGGCGGAGAUGCGUUCACGGUUGCAGUUGGACUCGGAGGAGGAAGUUAAAAUGGUUGGGAUAUGGGGUCCCUCUGGAAUAGGUAAGACUACAAUCGCGAGGGCUGCGUUUAAUCAGUUUAAGUGUAACUUCCAACGUAGUAUAUUCAUAGACAGGGCUUUCGUGACCAAGAGCAUGCAAGUCUAUAGAAGAGCCAACCCGGACGACUAUAACAUGAGGUUGGACUUGCAAAGAAACUUCCUGUCUGAAAUUUUAGGCAAAAAGAACAUAAGAAUAGAUCAUUUGAGUGCGGUAAGAGAUAGGUUAAAGCGCCGGAAAGUUCUCAUCGUUCUUGAUGAUUUGGAUGAUCAAGUAGUGUUAGAUACCUUGGCUGGUCAAACUCAUUGGUUUGGACGAGGGAGCAGAAUUAUUGUGAUCACAAAAGAUAGGCAACUCCUAAGGGCGAAUGGGAUCGAUUGCGUUUACAAGGUUGGUCUGCCAUCUGUUGAUCUAGCUUUAGAGAUGUUAAGCCGUUAUGCUUUCAGACAAAGCCGUCCUCUUCCUGGUUUCACGGACCUUGCAGCCGAAGUUGCGAAUCAUGUGGGCUAUCUUCCUUUGGGUCUUAAAGCCUUGGGUUCUUACUUGCGAGGGAGGGACAGGGAGUCUUGGAUCAUGCAUGGGCUUCGAAAGGGCCUGAACAGGAAAAUCGAGGAAGCACUUAGAGUUGAUUAUGAAGGAUUAGGUAGCAGAAAAGAUAAAGCGAUAUUCCGUCUCAUAGCUUGUGUCUUGAAUAAUGUGGAAACCAAUGACAUCAAGCUGCUUCUUGAAGAUAGUGACUUAGAUGUUUGUACGGGUCUUGAAAACCUACUUGAUCAUUCCCUAAUACAUGAAAGAUGGGAUGUUGUGCAGAUGCACUGCUUACUAGAAGAAAUGGGUAAGGAAAUGGCACGUACACAGUCCAAGAACCCUAUAAAACGUGAAUUCCUAGUGGACUCAAAGGAUAUUUGCGAUGUUCUUAGUGGUAACAAUGUAGCUGAAAAGCUUUCUGGGAUAUCAUUGAAUCUAGCGGAGUCAGAAGGGUUUAACAUUGAUAAAAAUGCCUUCGUCAGGAUGACAAACCUUCUUUUUCUGAGAAUAUAUGAGGACUCGUUGAAAUUGGAUAAACAAUGCAGAUUGCAUUUACAAGAAGGCCUGAACUAUUUGCCCCCUAACCUCAGAUUACUUUGUUGGGACAGCUACCCAUUAGAAUAUUUGCCUUCAAGUUUUCGCGGCGAAGAUCUUGUUGUUCUCAAAAUGCGGAACAGCAGGCUCGAGAAGUUGUGGGACGACGUUCCGUCGCUUACAUACCUCAAAGAUAUGGAUCUGGCGGGAUCUAAAAAUCUGGAAGAACUUCCAGAUCUCUCAAUGGCCACCAAUCUCAUGACACUGGAUCUCACAAAUUGCAAAAAGUUGGUGGUGUUACCUUCAUCUAUUGGUAGUCUCUAUAGACUGCAGAAAUUGAACCUUUCAGGAUGCACCUUGCUAGAGGAGAUAAUUCCAAAUGGAAUCAACCUAGAAUCUCUCUAUCGGCUUGAUCUUGGUGGAUGCACACGGUUUAGGUUUUUUCCGAAUAUCUCAAGGAAUAUCUCCUUUCUCAUUUUGAACCAAACAGCGAUCGAAGAAGUCCCUUGGUGGAUCGAGAACUUCACCAAGCUCAUAUGCCUAGAAAUGUGGGAAUGUAAAAAGUUAACGUACAUAUCCCCAAACAUUUCUAAGCUGAAAGUUCUUGAGAAGGCUGACUUUUCAAAUUGUGAGGCACUGACUAAAGCUAGCUGGGUUGACCGUUCAAGUCACACUAAGUUGCCAGUGCUCAAUUUCAUCAACUGUUUCAACUUAGAUCAAGAAUCUCUUAUUCAGCGCUCAGUUUUCAAGUACCUGAUCUUGCCAGGUCAGCAAGUGCCUUCGUAUUUCACCAACCAAGCUACUGGAAACACUCUUGCUAUCCCUCUACUUCAAAGCUCUCUUUCUCAACAGUUCUUGAGGUUUAGGGUUUGCCUUGUGGUUGACGCUGAAAAACCUAAACGCACAGAGAAUGGCACCGUUACUUCUAGCAGCUGGGUGUGUUGUCACUUCACUUGCAAAGAUGGGAUCCCCUUUGGCUAUUCUGAUUGUCGAAUCGACAUUGAUUUGCGGCGUCAGAUUGAUAAUCAUUUGGUUAUAUUUGACUCUUGUUUCCCUCUAAGCAAACUCAGUGAUCCGCUACUUGAGCUUAAUUACGAUCAGGUGGAUACAGAGAUCCAUUUCACCAGUGACUCGCUGUUCAAAAUAAGAAGAUGUGGUAUACGACUAUCUCAGACGGACCAAUCUUGUAUUCCUAUUUCUCUUGCACAUGUUCAGGAAGGAUAUAAAAGGAAAGCUACGAGUGAUCUAGGCAACGACACUGAAGAGACAGAGAGAAGCCGGAAACGAGUCAGGGUAACUAACCAAUGGUAAUGGAUACUUUGAUUCUAUAACUCUCUUUUUAGUUCCGUUUUCAAGAUUUAGUUUCAAUAUUUUUUAUACAGUAAGAUCACAAGACACAAUGAGUUGUAGGGAUUUAAAGAUGUUUAGUUUUUCGUACUGGAGGCUUGUAGGGAUUUUGCUAAUGUACUUUUCACUCAGUCUUCUACUAAUGGAGUUUGCAAAUGUAUGUCUUUUUGCUCUUUAAUGAAUUUAUUAUUAUUAUUA